UAUAUUUCGAACAGGUAUGAAUUGUAGCUGCUUUGGUGCCCCAGUUUCAAAAAGAAAAAGGAAUGCUCAUGCUGAUAUGGAAGGAGAAGUGCAUUCGCUUGGGAAUGUCAAAAAUUUCCCCUACAAAGAGUUACAGUUAGCAACAGAUUCUUUUCAUUCAAGAAACAAGAUAGGGCGAGGAGGUUUUGGAACUGUUUACAAGGGAACCCUAAAAAAUGGAACACAAGUUGCUGUGAAGACUCUUUCUGCUGAGUCAAGGCAGGGGUUGCGUGAAUUUUUGGCUGAAAUUGUUACUAUAUCAAAUGUCAAGCAUCCAAACCUCGUUGAGUUACUUGGAUGCUGUGUUGAAAGAGCUAAUCGGAUUUUGGUCUAUGAAUAUGUAGAAAAUAAUAGUCUUGACCGUGCGUUAUUAGGUCCGAAGAAUGAACACAUCCAACUGGACUGGGGAAGAAGAUCUGCAAUUUGCAUAGGUACUGCAAGGGGUCUUGCUUUCCUUCAUGAAGAACUUGUGCCACAUAUUGUGCACAGAGACAUCAAAGCCAGUAAUAUACUUCUUGACAGAGACUUUAUGCCGAAGAUUGGAGAUUUCGGCUUGGCUAAACUUUUCCCAGAUAAUAUCACUCACAUCAGCACACGAAUAGCAGGAACAACAGGAUAUUUGGCACCAGAAUAUGCGUUGGGUGGUCAGUUAACCAUGAAGGCUGAUGUGUACAGCUUUGGGGUCCUUAUACUUGAAAUAAUUAGUGGCAGAAGCAGUGCAAGGGCAAGCUGGGGUGGGAUGGAGAAGCUGCUUCUGGAAUGGGCAUGGCAGCUCCAUGAAGAAGGGAAACUCUUGGAGCUGGUGGAUCCAGAGCUGGAAGAAUUCCCCAAAGAGGAAGUCAUCAGGUAUAUGAAAGUAGCCCUGUUCUGCACCCAGGCAGUAGCAAGCAGAAGGCCGCUGAUGGGUCAGGUCGUUGACAUGCUCUCAAGAGACAUUCGGUUAAAUGAGAAGCAACUCACAGCACCGGGUUUCUUUCAAGAUUCAACGGAGUACAGCCGGGGGGGACCUUCAAAUAAAAAGUCAUCCACCAGCUCUACCAGCUACCAGAUGAGCUCUGUCCCUGUUACCAUCACUGAGGUGAACCCCAGAUGAAGAAAGUGUCAAACUAACUUAUUGAACCACCAGAAGUGUAGGACAAAUAGGCAUAUAUUUCUUUUGAGACCGCAGCGAGGAGAAGUUUAGUGCACCAAAGUUUUCAGUUCAUUAUGUGGUUUUGAUCUUUUUUCCCCCCUCAUUUUUCAUUACUUCUUUCAGAGUAGGGUGUCUAAAUGUCAGUUUAUUUUUUGGUUCACAUAUUUUGAACCCUGAAAUAUUCUGGGAAAUUCUUAUUAAUUUUUUUUUUUUUGGGGAGAUUUGUUUUGUUUGAAAAUAUUGAAAUUUCUUUUUCCUUACAGCGGCAAAAGGGGAAAAAAAAUAAUCUCUUCCCCUCCCUCUCCAUGAAUGUUUCCUUGGUUGCACAUGGAUAUGCUUCCUUAUCUGUCAUGAAAAAGUAAGAAUGGACCCUGACAACUCUACUUGCGAUGUA